GCAAGGUUUCAAGGAACAUACAAGAACAAGAACAGAGAUGACAAGAAGUCGAUAUUUGUUUAUUCUGUAAACAGAGUCCUAUGCUAGGUACACCGUAUUCUCCGCAACUGGAACGCGCCAUUAAAUAAAUGCCGCGGCACCUGUCUGCCUUUCUUGUCAUUCUUGUCAAAAUAUAAACUAUUGCUUCUUGUUUGGUGUAACUCAUUGUAAUUUGUUUGUGAUUGCAUUUAAAUCAAGAAAUUACUAGAAAACAUUGUUUAUGUCUAUGUAAUAUAAUUAAUAUAACAGUAAAUAGGUUUUAGUUUCAAAAUGUGUGACAGCGAUGAUCCCGGCGACAAUGGUCGCUCGGGCAUGGAUUUGACUGGGUUUCUAUUUGGUAAUAUUGACGAAAGCGGUCAACUAGAAGACGAUGGCCUCCUUGAUGGAGAGUCCAAGCGUAUGUUGUCAUCGCUCAACCGAUUGGGACUGGGCUCGAUGCUAUCAGAAGUAUUGGAUGAAGAAGAAGUUAGUAAGGAGGAUCAAGAAAAAGAUUACACUCAGAAAAGUCCAUCAGCCAUAGAUUUCUUUGAUAUUGAUGAUGCCGCUGAAGAUAUAAAGGAUAUAGAGGUAGAAACUAACCAGGCUGCACAGAAAACCUCAGAGGCACAGGUUGCACAGAGCGAAGUUACCGUGGUCGAUGAUACCGAUUGUCCACAGAGCGAAGAGAAGGAUGGGAAGCCUUGGAAGGAAGAGGGUUCUUAUCGUCAGGGCACAAAUGAUGAAGGCUAUGAAGGUGAUAUGGAGGGAGACGGUGAGCUCAUGCCACCUCCUGCCACUAUACCGUCACACAAAUCUUCAGAUAAACCAAGGAGGUUGGAAACUCCACUGGCAGCGAUGCUACCGUCGAAAUAUGUUAACAUAGAUGUUCGAGAACUCUUUCCUGACUUUAGACCUGAUAAGGUUCUUUUGUUCUCGCGUUUGUUUGGACCAGGCAAGUUGUCAAGUCUUCCUCAAAUAUGGCGCGGUGUUAAGAAACGAAGGCGGCGCAAGCGUAGCGGUAGUACUAGCAGUGACACGCCCCCCACUGCUGCAGAAAACCAGGAAGCACAGUACGCUAGCGACGAUGAAGAGAAAUUGUUGAAACCUAUGGAAGAGAAUCAACAAACGAACAAUGAAAACAAUUCUUCGAAUUCUGGCGACAAGUCUCAACGGCCGACGCCUGCGCACUGGCGGUUCGGGCCCGCUCAGAUGUGGUAUGACAUGCUGAAUGUACCUGAGACAGGAGAUGGAUUUGACUAUGGAUUCAAAGUGAAGGCACCAUCACCCGAGCGUGAAGAUAAACCAAAGGAGGUUGAAGAAGAAAAGCCGGAGGAACCAGAAAGCGAGGACAGUCCCGACAGCGGGUUCCCUGACGACGCCUUCCUCAUGGUGUCGCAGCUGCAGUGGGAGGAUGACGUGAUAUGGGACGGCAGUGAAAUCAAACAUAAGGUGCUAGCUCGACUGAACAGUAAGAGCAAUGCAGCGGGCUGGGUGCCGACUUCUGUCAGUCGUACUGCUCAGCAAUUCUCACACCCACGACCCCAACCACCCGCCCCACUACAGCCUAAACCGCCUACGGCAACAGCAACAUCGGCAAAUAAAGACAUCGGUGGCAAUUCCGCCGACGGCGAAGACAAUACUUGGUACAGUAUUUUCCCCGUGGAAAACGAAGAGUUGGUGUACGGUACAUGGGAAGACGAAGUUAUAUGGGACGCUGAGAAUAUGUGCACCGUGCCUAAACCCAAGAUAUUGACUUUAGAUCCUAAUGAUGAGAAUAUUAUACUUGGUAUACCCGAUGAUGUUGAUCCUUCGAAGAUCACUAGAGAGAGAGGUCCAGCACCAAAAGUAAAGAUCCCACACCCGCACGUAAAGAAAUCCAAGAUUCUGCUAGGCAAAGCUGGAGUGAUCAAUGUGCUACAAGAGGACGCGCCGCCACCGCCGCCUAAAUCACCCGAUAGGGAUCCAUUUAAUAUAUCUAAUGACGUCUUCUACAUGGCGAAGUCGCAGAACCCGCGGCUGAAGGUGGGCGGCGGGCAGCUGAUCCAGCACAGCACGCCGGUGGUGGAGCUGCGCGCGCCCUUCAUCCAGACGCACAUGGGGCCGGCGCGGCUGCGCGCCUUCCACCGCCCCGCCAUGCGCAAGCUGUCCUACGGGCCGCUGGCCGCGCCCGGCCCGCACCCCGUGCAGCCGCUGCUCAAGCACAUCAAGAAGAAGGCCAAGCAACGCGAGGCAGAACGUUUAGCCUCAGGUGGUGGCGAUGUAUUCUUCAUGCGAACACCAGAAGACCUCAGCGGUAGAGACGGCGAACUUGUCCUAGUGGAGUUCUGCGAGGAACAUCCUCCGCUCAUCAGCCAAGUCGGCAUGUGCUCCAAGAUCAAGAACUACUACAAACGAACUGCGGCUAAGGGGUCCAAAAGGGGCACUGGAAAUUCAAAGGACGAGGGUCCAAAACCGUUGAAGUAUGGCGAGGUAGCCUACGCUCAUACAUCGCCUUUCCUCGGCAUAUUACCGCCGGGAGCUACGCAGCCCGUUAUAGAAAACAACAUGUACAGAGCACCGAUCUACGAACACACUCUGCAAUCCACAGACUUUUUGAUUAUACGUACUCGCCAAUCUUACUAUAUUCGCGAGGUUGACGCUCUAUUCGUGGCUGGUCAGGAAUGCCCUCUUUAUGAAGUCCCUGGACCGAACUCAAAGAGGGCUAACAACUUUGUACGAGACUUUUUGCAGGUAUUUAUAUACAGAUUGUUCUGGAAAUCUCGAGACAAACCAAGACGUAUUAAAAUGGAUGAUAUCAAGCGAGCUUUUCCUUCACACUCGGAGAGCUCUAUACGUAAGCGACUGAAGCUAUGCGCUGACUUCAAACGUACUGGCUUGGAUUCUAACUGGUGGGUAAUAAAACCCGAUUUCCGACUACCCUCUGAAGAAGAAAUUCGAGCGAUGGUAUCCCCAGAGCAGUGUUGUGCUUACUUCAGUAUGGCGGCAGCUGAACAAAGGCUGAAAGACGCAGGUUACGGUGAAAAGUUCAUAUUCACGCCACAGGAAGAUGACGACGAAGAGUUACAGUUGAAAAUGGACGAUGAGGUAAAAGUAGCACCAUGGAACACAACACGCGCUUACAUCCAAGCGAUGCGCGGCAAAUGUUUGCUCCAACUGACUGGGCCAGCGGACCCCACUGGCUGUGGUGAAGGCUUCUCGUAUUUACGCGUACCCAACAAGCCGACACAGCAGCCCAAUGAGGAACAACAGCCGAAGAGGACUGUGACUGGAACUGAUGCCGAUUUGAGAAGGCUGAGCUUGAAUAAUGCGAAAGCUCUGUUGAGGAAGUUUGGAGUGCCUGAAGAAGAGAUUAAAAAACUAUCUCGAUGGGAAGUUAUCGAUGUAGUCCGAACAUUGUCGACGGAGAAAGCAAAGGCCGGUGAGGAAGGCAUGACGAAGUUCUCUAGAGGAAACAGAUUCUCAAUUGCGGAACAUCAAGAAAGAUAUAAAGAAGAGUGUCAACGCAUAUUCGAGCUACAGAACCGUGUACUGACAAGUACAGAAGUGCUGAGUACAGACGAGGCCGAAAGCUCCGUCAGUGAAGAAUCUGAUUUGGAAGAAAUGGGAAAGAAUCUUGAGAAUAUGCUGGCUAAUAAGAAGACGACUGAACAACUAUCCAUGGAAAGAGAAGAGGCUGAAAGGGCGGAACUAAGGAAGAUGAUCUUGGGCCAGUCCGAGAAGAAACCUCAAAUUAAUCAAUCGGACCAGCAGCAAUCAUCCAGUCAAGCCGGUCGCGUACUCCGAAUAGUCCGUACGUUCCGCAACGCGUCAGGUCAACGCUACACUCGCGUUGAGUUAGUGCGAAAGGCGGCUGUAAUAGAGGCCUAUAUGAAGAUACGUUCCACCAAAGACGAAGCCUUCAUAAGACAGUUUGCGACGAUGGAUGAGUCACAGAAAGAAGAAAUGAAGAGAGAGAAACGUAGGAUUCAAGAACAAUUGCGGCGUAUCAAACGAAAUCAAGAAAGGGAGAGACUUGCUGGCAAUGUUACCGUACCUGGGAUGUUCCCUGAAAGUCUGAACCAAUCGACCUCCAUCGACAUGAGUUCACCGUCACAAGGCUUGAUCCCUCUCGGUCAGAUCAAACAGGAGCCAGACAUACACACCCCGUCCUCAUCGUCUUCAAGGCGACGAGCUAAGUUGAAACCGGACUUGAAACUUAAGUGCGGUGCGUGCGGCCAAGUAGGUCACAUGCGUACGAACAAGGCGUGUCCGCUGUACACGGGCGCGCUGGGCGGCGGGCCCGCCUCGCCCGUCGAGACCGACGCCGAGCCACCGCCGCUCGAGCCCGACGACGACGAUAUGGGCUACGUCGACGGUACCAAGCUGACACUGCCCACCAAGAUUAUUAAGCAAUCAGCCGAAGAACUAAAACGCCGUGGCAGCGGUCGUCGUUCAGGCGGCAGCUCUAGCGGCAACAGCGAGGCGCGCGCGCUGGGCCGGCGCGGCCGCCGCGGGACCGCCGGCGACGCCUGCGACUACCUCGUGCGGAGACCUGCCGAGAGACGACGGACAGACCCACUCGUCACACUCUCAUCACUGCUAGAAGAUGUACUGAACCAUAUGAGACAUCUGCCCGAUGUGCAACCCUUCCUGUUCCCUGUUAACCCGAAGUUGGUGGCUGACUACUACCGCAUAGUAUCCCGACCGAUGGACCUGCAAACAAUUCGUGAUAAUCUUAGACAGAAGCAUUAUCAAAGUCGAGAGGAGUUCUUAGCUGAUGUCAACCAAAUUGUAGAGAAUUCUACAUUAUACAAUGGACCGACCAGCAGUUUGACAGUCGCCGCUCAGCGUAUGCUACAGCGUUGCGUUGAAAAGCUGGCAGAGAAAGAAGAACAGCUAAUGAAAUUAGAAAAACAAAUUAACCCGUUAUUAGAUGAUAAUGAUCAGGUGGCGCUGUCGUUUAUAUUAGAAAACUUAUUGACUACAAAACUGAAGAUAAUGCCGGAAGCAUGGCCAUUCUUGAAGCCGGUCAACAAGAAACAAGUGAAGGAUUAUUACAAUGUUAUCAAGAAACCCAUUGAUAUGGAGACCAUGGGCAAGAAGAUACAAGCUCACAAGUAUCACAGUCGUAACGAAUUCCUUCGUGACAUACAACUGUUGGUUGAUAACUGUCGCGCCUACAAUGGUCCUAACUCGCAGUUCACUAGGCAAGCGGAGAUUAUUCUGAAAAUCACACAGGAAUCCCUAGAACAGUUCGGUGAGCACGUCAGUCAACUAGAAGCCAACAUCGCCCGCGUGCAGCAGAAGAUGUUGGAAGAGGCGGAACAUUCAGACUUGGAUGUUGAGGACCCACCGCCGCCGCCGCCCGACGAGAAACGCGGGAGAGGACGCCCGAGGAAACACAAACCUUCGACGUCUAUUUCCACUGCUGAUGGCGCAACGCCCAGAAAACGAGGAAGACCAAGAAAAGAUCAGAACUCUUUGGAAGAGGAUCUCCAGUACUCGGACAGUGGCAGUUCAGAAUUGGAAGAGGUGGAACAAAAGGUUGCCGCUGAGGCCAUGGUACAGCUAUCUGUGCGUCCACCGUACUCAGAAGACGAACCGCCGCUGGGCGAGGUUCCGUUCGACACAUCGGAGUUCCUGAUAAAGCGCGAGGCGCCGGACGAGCCGCCGCAGCCCUCCGACGACUUCGUGGACCUCGACCAGCACAGUACCGACUACUCCUUCCCGCCUGUCGUCAAGGAGGAGCCAAUGGAACCCGAUAUGGGUAUGGAUUCACAGCUGUUGGACGGCACAGGGUUGGAGCCGCCGCCACAGUUCAAAGAAGAACCGCCUGAGAGCUGGCAGCCGGACCCAGCGAUACAAGACGACCUUCAAGUCACUGACAGUGAGGAAGAACCGGAAGAUGGAUUGUGGUUCUAAAUUCAAGCAAUAUUUGUAUAAUAAUAUGUUAAUCGGUUAUAGAAUGUGGAUGCUGACGACGUCAUAACAAACCUACUAGAAUAUAAUUGGAUUCCCGGUUAAAGAAUGUCAUAGUUAACAAUGUAAUAAAAAUAAAUGUCAGUUACUUAAAUGGCUCGGUUUUCUCACGCGUGUUUAUCAGCAUUGCCCGACUAGUUUCGGACCCAACCGAAAUCCUUAAUCAUGAGCUGACGCGGCGGCGGCAAGCAAGUUCGACUCGCCGGAGUCGCGUCUCGAUAAGUACGCGUUAGUAAAACUUUUUUAUUAUAUCAGCAUGAUGACAAAGUCCGUAUGAUGAUGUAGUUUCUGUUUGAUGUUAAAAGUUCAAUUGUUAUCUAAUAUAGUUCGGUUGUAUUUAUGUCGCUUUUUCCAGCUAAGAUAUUGCAUAUCGUGCAAUAAUAAUAGUGAAAUUAUUGCUGUUUAAACGAAUAAUUUAAUUUUGUCAGCAAUAAUUGUAUAAAAUAUAAUAACAUUGUGUGUGGACAAACACAAUGUUCAUUUCAGUAAGAGACGUUAUUAGAUUACGGGUGUAAAAAUCAAACAAACAACACAAACUUCCCGUGAUCCCGUGUAUAUACCUAUUUAUCAUUUACUUAAAGUUCCAAAACCCCUACAGUUUUGACCUAAAUAAAUACGUGAAAAUAUGUCAUAUAGGACUACAGUUUUUGUCACAGAAAAGUUUGCCGUGUGUUUUCCUAUACCAAAAAAUGGUGGAACAAAAGUUGAUCGUUAUAACUCGUAUAGUUUGAACUAACUUUUGCCAGCGACCAAAUAUGCCGCGAAUAAUAGACGCUGUUAUGAAUUUCUGAACGAAUAUUAAAUUAAGUAUAUCUUUCGUUAUUCCUAAUAAUUGUGUAAGAAUAAUAGAAUAAAGCUUUAUGUAAUAAUAG